CCGAAUGGACCCGCCAAAUUCAGUUGAAGAACAUCAAGACGACGACGUUUUCAUCGACGCAAUUCACCCCUGCGCCGUUGAGGACUCGCCCGAACCUUCUGAUUCCGCUUCCACGCUUUCGGAUCCUCUGCCCCCUUCACCCGAACCUAAAUCAUACUCUCCGGCGGCCACAAUCCGGCGACGGCGAGUUCGUCACGGUUUUCCGGUUAAGCAAUCGUCGGAAUCGAGUAUCGAGAGCGAUUUGAUCCAUGGCGCGAGAAAGAGCUUUCAACACGAACCAAAGCAUAGAAAUCUCAAGCAAGAUGAGUAUUCGAUUGAGAAACACGAUUCGGAUGAAGCGCAACGAGUUAGCGCUUCGUCAGAAAAAAACAAUGACGAAUCCACCGUAACUACAGCAGGGAAUGAUGAUGCAGCUUGCGAUUCUGCUGACUCGGCGCCGCGACUCGGUGAUUCGUCUCCGAAUUUUCUUGAAUUCAUAGCGGGGAUGGUGAUUAAGGCACUAGGGUUUCAAAUCAAGUUAAUAUUCAUGUUCGUGACUUGUCCGUUGUUUACCAUGUUUCAUUUGUGCAUGUUUUUCAUAGAUCCUUUGGGGACAACAAGGAGGGGCAAGAAUUUCUUGAUAGGGAUUUUGAGCAGAGUGUGGAGUUUUGUGUUUGGGUGCAUUAGACCAUAUGUUCAGAGAUGGUUCAAAGAGGAUGAGACAAUUUGGAGCGUGGCAUUUCGUUGUGGAUGGGGUUUCUUGUGGUCAAUCUAUGUUUGUUGUGUUCUGUUUGGUUUGUUAGUUUCAUCGUUUGUGUUUAGUGGGUUUUUGAUGAAGUGUUUGGUGGAGAAGCCAAUUCAGAUAAGGGAAGUUUUGAAUUUUGAUUACACCAAGCAAAGUCCCGUGGCAUAUGUGCCAAUAAUAUCAUGUGCUGGUGUUGUUGGUGGAAAAGGUUCUUCUGAGAACAAUGUUGAUGUUAGGAAGUGGGUGGGUGAACGGGUUAUUCCUUCUAAGCACAAGGUGCAAGUCACUCUUUCAUUGAGAGUGCCCGAGUCGGGAUACAACAGAAACCUUGGGGUCUUUCAGACCAGGGUCGAUUUUCUGUUGUCUAAUGGUAAAACUAUUGCAAGCUCAAGUCAACCUUGUAUGUUAAGAUUCAGAAGUGAGCCUAUCCGCUUAGUCAUGACUUUCCUCAAGAUUGCUCCUCUUGUUACUGGCUAUAUAUCCGAAACCCAGACUCUGAAUGUCAAGAUGAGAGGUUUUGUUGAAGGGAAUAUACCUACUUCGUGCUUGAAAGUGACACUUGAGCAACGAGCAGAAUAUCAACCUAGCGCUGGCAUUCCUGAAAUAUAUGAUGCAUCUCUGAUUGUUGAAUCCGAACUUCCCUUUUUCAAGAGGAUUAUUUGGCUUUGGAAGAUGAGCAUAUUUAUAUGGAUCACUAUGGUGGCAUUCUUCACGGAGUUACUUUUUGCUCUACUGUUUUGUAGACCUAUAAUAAUUCCGAAAACAAGGCAAAGGGUGACUUCUGCACGUCGUCAUGCAACCUUGAACAGUCAUCAGGCACGAAGUUGAGACUACUACUUUUCCAGGCAUCGCUACAGUCAUGGAAGUUAAGGUUUUUGUAUGACAGUUUAACCUAGCUUGGUCUGAC